AACUAGAUGAAAUUUUCUGCUAGGACACACUUUUCUUCGAAGUGAAAGUCACGGCACGGGUCCCUGCAGAGAACUUCUACGACCCUGGGCAUAAUGUUUAUUAUGUCAGACAGCGAAGAUGAUUCAGGAAGCCCAUAUGAGCAAGGAGAAUUAGCGCCUAGUCCAGACAUGGAUGAAGGAGAAAGCAUACAAAUCUCAUUUUCUGUGAAUGCAAAAGAAAGGAUAGGAGAUGAUGAUGAAGAAGAUGAUGAGGAAAAUGAAGAAGUGUCUCAUAAUGAAGAUGAUGAUGGUGAUGACCAUAUGGAGGAAGAUGACGGUAUAAACAUCAAGCCACCACAAAAUCAGGCAGGCCGCAAAGAGAAAAGUCACAAACACAGGCAUAAGGAGGAGAAAAGGAGAGAGAGAGAACGCAGGGACUAUGACAGAUAUAAAGAUCGCGGACGGGAAGUCAAGGAGAGUGGGCGAGUGAGGGAGGUAAAAGAAGGAGGGCGUGCCAGAGAAAUUAUGAAGGAUGUAAGGGUUGUAGGAAGAUCUCAUGAUGAUAGACCUCAUCACAGUGAGAAGCCAAAGUCUCGAGAUAUGAGGGAUGUUAGGGAGAUGCUCAGGGAAAAAGAGCGAGAGAGGGAGAAAGAACGUAAAAUGAAAGAUAAUCAGAAUGAAAUAGAAAAACGAGAAAAAUCUCGAAGGGAAAGAGAAAGAUUAGAAAGAAUUGAGAGAGAAAAAGAGAGAGAGAAGCGGCUCAGGGAAGAAAGGGAAAAAAGAGAGAGAAAAGAACUGGAAAAGAGGAAAAGAAGAGAAGAGGAAAAGUACAUGGCUGCACAACAGAGAAUGGAAGAUGUAUAUAGGCGUGAGAAAGAGAGAAAAAUGUUAAAACAAGGACAGGGACAUUCUGAGGAUAGGAGUCGAAGCAGGGAAAGACAUCGCAAUCUUGAUAGAAAAGAGGAGAGGUCAAGGUCAAAGAAACAGCGAUCACCAGAACCUCCGAGGAAGUCCCAGGUUCCCUCUUCUCCUGAACCUGAACCAGAACAUGAGGAAGAGGAGGAGUCACCAGAGAGUCCGGAUCCUGAGCAUGUGGAUCAGCAGGAGAGUGGUGGAUCCGACAGUGGUGACUCAGCGUCCAACUCAGGGUCUGAUAGUGAAAGUAGUAGUGAAAGUGAAAGUGAUGACCAUGAUGAUAAAGAGAAAACCCCAAAUGAUAAGGAAUCUCUGAGCAAACUGAAGUCAAAGUUUGAUGACCAUUCUGACCACGAAAGUGGUACAGACACGGCCCUCAAUUCAGAACAGGAUGGAGAUGAAAUGUACCUGGAUGACACGCCUCCCCAGUCCCCUGUGGAACUUCGUCCAGAACUGCCACCUUACCUGCCAGCUAUUCAGGGUUGCAGGAAUGUGGAAGAAUUCUCAUGUCUCAACAGGAUUGAGGAGGGGACAUACGGAGUCGUGUACAGAGCAAAGGACAAGAAAACAGAUGAAAUUGUUGCUCUGAAGAGGUUAAAGAUGGAGAAAGAAAAAGAAGGAUUUCCAAUCACCUCUCUUAGAGAGAUCAACACACUACUGAAGUCACAACACAUGAAUAUCGUAACAGUCCGCGAGAUUGUUGUUGGUAGUAACAUGGACAAGAUCUACAUUGUAAUGGACUAUGUUGAACACGAUAUGAAGAGCUUGAUGGAAACAAUGAAAAACCCAUUCCUUAUGGGUGAAGUGAAGACUUUAAUGAUCCAGUUAUUGAAAGGUGUGGCUCAUCUCCACGACAACUGGAUCAUUCACAGAGAUCUCAAAACUUCCAAUCUCCUUCUCAGUCACAAAGGGAUAUUGAAGAUUGGAGAUUUUGGACUUGCGAGGGAAUAUGGAUCCCCACUGAAGCACUACACCCCUAUCGUGGUCACUCUUUGGUAUAGAGCCCCAGAACUCUUGUUGGGCAUAAAGGAAUACUCCACUCCAAUAGACUUGUGGAGUGUAGGCUGCAUUUUUGCUGAAUUUCUGACCAUGAAGCCACUAUGGCCAGGGAAAUCAGAAAUUGAUGAGCUAAACAGAAUAUUCAAGGACCUUGGAACUCCCACAGAAAAGAUCUGGCCUGGAGUGAAAGAACUGCCUGGAAUGAAGAAGUGCACGUUUGCUGAUCAUCCGUAUAAUGCACUGGGACAGAGGUUUGGGUCCUAUCUCACAGAACUUGGAUUCGAACUCAUGAACGGCUUGUUGACCUACGACCCCACAAGAAGAUUAACAGCAGAGAAAUCUUUGAAGCACAAGUUUUUCAAAGAGUCUCCACUACCUAUAGAUCCCUCAAUGUUUCCGACCUGGCCAGCGAAGAGCGAGCAACCCCGUAAACACACCAGCUCCCCCAAACCCCCAUCUGGUGGAAAGGCCUACUCGAAACUUCUGGGUGGUGAUGAUGACAAGAUGAUAGAAAUGGCAGGAGGAUUCCAUCUGACAAACGCUGCCAAAGGAGUCUCUGCCACCGGUCCUGGAUUCAGUCUGAAAUUCUAGGGAAAGAACGCAUCAACAAAACUUUGAAUACCACUCAGGGUUUUAGAAUUCACGUACUGUGUAUGUCGAGUACAUUUUAUUGACAAUGGAGCCAAAAGGACUGGACAUCAGUCAUCUCUCUGUCCAUUCGGUGAAAAAAGUGGUUUGAACCAUCUACAGUUCUGUGUCAAUAGUGGGAGAUAUCAGCUGUAAAAUUAUUGCUGAUUUUGAUAAUAAGAAUGAAUUUACAUUAAGCUUACACAUGUUCGUAAAUAAGUGGAAAACUUUCAUAACAGUAUACAAUCAUGAAAAUCACUUCAUUAUUCAUUGUACUAGUUCAAAAAAGAAAAUUGAAAAUGGGAAAUAAAAUGAAAUACUAUAAUUUACAGAUA